AAACAACAUCCGUGAACAAGUCUUUCGAGUUUCGUGUAUCCGGAGUAUUUCAGGCAUUUUCUACUGAGUUUUCACGCUUUGUGUUUUGAAAAUUUGAAAAGAAUAUUUGAUUUUGAUCUGUGAGAGUAUAGAGUACAAUUUAUUGUUGUUAAUGUGAAUAUAUAGGGAAAUAAGCCCAUGCGAAUUGCAUUUGUAGAAUUAGAUCUGUGGUACGUUUGUUGUCCUUCCUGCCAGCCGAGCAAACAUGGAUUGUAUGAACGUCAUAUUAAGCUGAUCGGGUUAUAGGCCCUAACAGACUUUGCGCUGAAGAGCGCGACUUUGGCUUUGAUUUUGCCACCAGGAUCUACAUGAUCUAGAGUAGGAGUAAGCCCUAUACUAUAGACGUAGACUACUUCAUUUCACGGAUCUUUUUCAGCCUUUUUAGUGGAAUUAUUAAUUUACUGAGAUGAUAAUGACGCAUGUCGUUACCGGUAUUUUAUGGAGGAGACUAAGCUGAGCAGACCUCCAAGGAGUCCAAUGCAGGAUUAACGUUAAUAUUAGGACAUUAUUCCCUAGGCUAGCCCUCUGCAAGUGCAAAAUUCUGUGUAACUAGCUCCAAGACCAAAUCUACUAGCUGAAGAGAGACAAGGAUUUGCCAGACUUGAAGAACAAAUUUGGAAUCUAAUUUGGAAACCAUGGGAUUCUCUGGAGGUUAUGGCCCUGAUUGUGGAGAACUGAAAUACAAAUUGAUCCAUGAAAGUGGCAUCCAAAUAUGCAGAAUAAACCAUGCAAACACAGUAGUGAAUAAAAUCUUGAAUCUCAAAUUCAUGAGACGAUGGGAAACACAUCAAUUGGUGUUGGGUGAUACAACAAUUUAUUCUAGAAAUCCACAAGGUUACAUGGAAUGCCCACUCCCAUAUGGUAUUAUACAUGAUAUACAUGCAUUGUCACGUUGGGAAGCAGGUCAGAAUGCUUGUCUGAGGAUUGUUCUAAGCACAGGCUCCGUAUUGCUGCAGGCCGGCAAUGUUUACAUUCGUGAUCAAUGGUUGCAUUCCCUCCUGUGGAAGAGAGCUAUACACAGAUUCAAGAAAUUAAUAUGUAACACCACUAAGCCUGAGGUCUUCAUGCAAGAAAUAUCUUCAAUGAUAGAACUGACCCUAACAACCUGUGUACAAGAUCAAGAUAUUUGUCAAGUACCGCUUGAGAUCGUCUCUGACAUCUUAUCACAGAAUGCUGACAUGAUCAACUCUGUAGCUCAUGAGAGUAUUAUCAUGGCUGUAGCCCCUCUCCUGGAAAACAAUCAACCAUCACCGGAGAUUUGUUCAUUCUUUAGUAAACAUUGUCGCAACUCUCCACGUUCUAAGGUCGUUAUUGAGAUGUUUACACCAGUCAUACACAGGAUUCUAAAGCACAAUAUGGACUUUGGUAAGAAUCCACGACUUCAAGCAUUUGUGCGUGAUUUCAUUCUUGCAAUGCAUUACAAAGAUGACCACGAAUUUGCCUUCAAAGAAUUUGUCAGCAUAAUGCAUGGGCCCAGUAUCGAGUGUCCACAUCCAAGAGUACUCCCUAAUUUGGUUGCCAUCUGCCUUGCUUCUAUUGCAACUUUCUACCAAGACUCAAACAGAUGCAGGUUGCGUGAGAUACAAUGUGAAGAUAGUGUAAGCUCAACAGGAGAUGAAACUGUACUUCAUGAACUUGACGUCAUGACUUCUUUUGUCAAAAUACUUCAACUUACGGCUGAUUACGAUGACUGGCUCCCUUCUCUCUCUGGAAUGUUGCUGCCAAUUCCAUUUCCUAAAGUGGCAAUGACGCACAGACCCCUCACGUCGAGACUGAAAUAUAUUAUCAGCAGGUUUGCAUCAGACUAUCGAUGUGAGGUCCAUACUGCAGUAUGUGGUGUACGUGAUGGUAAAGCUGGAUGGUUAGAUCUUUAUUGUCCAUCUGGUCCUGCAUGUGAUGAUGAGGGACAGCUAUUCUCUCUCAUGAUUCAGAAGCUGAUCUCCUGUUGUUGCAGAAGAAGGAGAUUUUUGUUGUCUGUAACACCACGUCUCUUUGAACCGGUCCUUCUCCUUGCUCUCAACAGCAAUAUAACAUGCACUGAGAUGCUGUGUUUGAUGCUAGAACUUGAUGUGUUGGACACAGAGGAACAGGAGAUGCAGGUUAUUCAAGCUCUUAAGAGUAUUGAUGAGGGUCAGAUUAUGUAUGAUUCACUUUGUGAAAGACAACUUGCUCUCAGACAAUUGCAAGAAAAAGGUGGUCCAAAGUCCCUUUCUCUUCCAUCUAAAUCAACGGAUGUGGAUGUAGCCAAGCUUUUCAGUUCUGGACCAUUGGGUAAUCUAGAGAGUCUUAAUCUGGCCUUUACUCAUGUAACAAGUGGAUGUGCUGAAACACUCAUUAAACUACCAAAUCUUAAACAACUCAAUCUCUGGUCUACUCAGUUUGGUGAUCGUGGAUUGGAGCUGAUCACAGAACACAUGCAUGAGUUAGAGAGUCUGAACCUAUGUGAAACUCAGGUUACAGAUGACGGUUUGCGAUGUCUGGUGGACCUUAAAAAACUCAACCAUCUGAAUCUAAACAGCACUCCCCUCACCACUCGGACCUUCAGAUUACUCACUGGUAACCUGCCUGAAUUGAAGACCAUGGAUACAAGGUAUACUGAUGCUUGAAGGAAGACUAUCCAUUGGACCUCACCUUGGAUCUUUGAAGCUUAUCAGUUAUCUGUAUGGAUGCCUUGUGUAUGCCAAAUGAACAAAGGAUGUACAGUUUAAAACAAAGCAGUUUUUCUCUCUAUAGAAAACAGUGUUUGUAUAUAAACAUUUUGUCUGGCUGACAUCCUGUUUACAUCUGAAACCAGUCUUCAUAAAUCAUUGCAAAAUACAAACAAAAAUGACAUAAAUCUUUAAAGACAAUGUUAUUAUGACCGAGUUUCAUUCUUGAACACAAAGACAUACAUGCAUACGAUAAACACCUGAAUAGAUAUUUCACACACUAAGAACAUUAUUAGUACUGAAACACAUCUCUUAGUUUUUACAAAGGUUAAGAUUCCCUCUAUGUUAUUGGGCUUAUAAGGUGUAAAUCUAAAAAAAUGCUAUAUUGAGUUGAACCUUGAGCAAAAUCUGACUCUCUUUCUCAAUUUUGAGAAGUAUUUUAUACCAGUCUACAGACUUUGUAACUUACUUUCACUCAUAUUUCAUUGAUUCUUUCAUGUCACUCAUUUGGUUUCUUUCAAUCGUCAAUUAGUAAUUUGCAAUGUAUUAUUGAAUAGUCCAGAGAAGUCUAUAUAUGAUGAUUUAUACCACAUAGAGAUAAUAUUUGAUGUACUGUAUUAUGUGGAUUACAUAUGCUUCAAAAUGUUUAUAACAUUAUAGGAUGUUGCAAAUGCAGUACUGCUUGAAAAAAAAUCGUAACCAGUGCUUUUGUGCAUUUUGAGUGUAUUUUAAAUGGAUUUUUAGGCUGUGAUGUACUCCUUCAAAUGAAAUUUCUUGUGUAUGAUGAGUAGCCCUUGAGAUUUUAGAAGUCAAGUGUAUUAUCUUACUUUUUAUCUAUUUGAUUAGUAUUUGCAUAAUUGAUCAAUAUCCUUUAUCCUAAAAAAAGAUACGGCUAUUUCUCAUGUAAUGAGGAAGUGGGGGUAGAUUGCCCCCUUCUGAUCUUUGCCGACAUUUGCACGGUAGUUUCAAAAUUUGGCACACAUAUGCUUUACACCAUGAACUACAAACCACUAGAAAAAGGCUAUUAUGUACUCCUUCAAAUGGAAAUUCUGUGUGUAUGAUGAGUCUCCCAAGUCCUUUCAGGAUUAAAGUUCAAACAAAAUUUCAUUUGCUGCAUAUUUCUAAUUUACUAAUAUAAGAGCAUUCCCGUAGGUAUUGAAUAGCAACUCAGUCAAACUUCAAGAAUCAAAAUAUCUAUUUCGAUAAUUUUUUAUGUUAAUUAUGAAAAUCAUGAGGUAUUAAUAUCAUUUGUAAAAGCAGUAGUUGACAUUUUUUUCCCAUUUGUAUGGAUAAGGUCUGUUUUAGAGUGCAAUAUUAGAUUAUUUUAACUCUAUCAUUUUGAUGUACAUGUAGGUAGUCUUAGAGACCAAACACUAUUUAAUGUUUUGUGACAUUGCCGAUAUUUGUUUUUUAACACUUGUAAUGCCUUUAGCUGACUCUUCCUUGAAGUAUUUUUCUUUAUUUCGCAAUUUUAUUCUGUAUUUAUUUUUAUUGGUUUAACUUCCCGUAUAGGUCUGGCUGAUAUUAGAACAGAAUACUGUAUAAGCUGAAAUUUUGUGAUAGCUUACUUUUCACUAAUUUUGCAUUUAAAAAUCACAAAAUUAAUUUUCUUUGAUGGUCAUUGUUGCAAAUGAAAAAAAAAAUCAAAUUACUGAAAAAACAAUUCAUGAUUAUGCAGAAUUGUAAAAAUAUGAAAUGUAAAAAUAUCUAUCAACUAAAAUAUUGACUUCUGCCAUAGUUUUAAAUUUACCCUUUGAAAAUUAUUUUUCACAUAUUUUUUGAUACAACAAUAAAUAAUGAACUGAAUCAGAGAUGGAUAACAAAUGAUGUGCUCUCAUUUAGGUGUGAGCAUAGUGCAUAAUUCAGUCAUAACAUUUUAUUUCAAUGUUAGAUUUCAGUGUUUGGAAGGCAAAUUGCUUCGUACAAUUAUUUUGGUUUUUAUUUUCAGAAUUGCUUAUAGAAUGUGCAAUUAGAAUCUACGAAAAAAUUAUAUUUUAUCAGUGAUUAUUGUUAAUAUUCUUUCUAUUUUUAUGAACAGCAAAAAAUUAUUUUGUUAUCCAUUUCUGUUAAUGGCUUUGUGUCAAAUAUAAGAGUUUCAUAUGGUUUAUUCAAGGUAAAGUGCUUAUUACUACUACUAGCUAGUUUUGGAUAAGACCCUGCAUUAAAUAAGUUAUGAAAUGAGCAAGAGGCACCUUUCUUGUGAUAAUCAUAGAAAAAAAAGAAACAUGGUGUUAUUAUUAAUACAGUACAACUUGUUACUCUGUAACAAACCAUUUUAAGAUUAUAUUGUGAUUGUAAAUAAGUUGAAAAUGGUUAGAAUUUGAUGUUUGCAUUUAUUUUAUAAUCAUGUCUGUCAUGAAAAACAAAGUUCAAUGUAAUUUUGAAAUCUAAGUUUGAAUUUUGAUUUAUUGUGGGUGUAAAGAUGACAUAUACAUGAUCAAAUUUGCAAGAUUAUUUAUUAAAGAGAGAAUGAUCGUGGGAAAUAAACGUAAAUAUAUUUAUCUUGUAAAUAGAAUAUAUCAUUACAAACUAUAUUUACUAAUCAUUUGAACUUUUAAAAUUGUUUUUUUUUGUAAAAAAAUAUUACCUUAUUUGUCAAUUGUAGUGAACGAGAUGUUUGCAAACGUCAGUUAUUUUUCAAAUACUGAAGUCCAAUUUCCUAUUGAUAACUGUGAUAUUUUUGUUUAUAAAGUUUUUUGUUGAAGCUAUGUUCUAUGAAAGAAGCUGUGCUAUUUUUUCAUACUUUCCCUUUUAUUUUUAAGUCAUUUUUAUAAAGUAAUGUUGAAAUAAAAUUCAAUGUAAACUAAAUGCUAAGGUAAGGGUGAUAAUGUAAAUUCUGUACAAAUUGUUGUAGGAUUUCAAGUAUGACACAAAGUGCUAUCAUUAGAUAAGAAGCAUCACUGUUAAGUGUAGUCUGCCUUAUAUUUCAAGUAGACUGUAUCUAUGGUAACCAAUUAUUAAAUUCUCAGGCAUCUUUUAGCACCAUCUGCUUGUAGGAAGUGAAUGGGACACAAAAAAAAGGGAGUACUGCAAGGGAUUCAUAUGAUUUAUGUCUGUAAAUCGUUCAUCUCAUCUUUUCAUAAUGUCCAAACAACUCAUAUCUAUCUUUAGCCUUUCUGAAUGUGUUAAUACUAUGAUCAUGGUUUUCCCUGGCAUGCAACUUUUGUGUUAUUUUGGGCUGGUACCCUACUUAUCAUCUCACCUAUUUAUAAUCAGUUUAAUAUUGCAUUAUUUGCACAUUUAUAUGAUGGUAUUAUAAGGCACUAUUGUAUAAAGGAGACACUAAAAUUAAUGUAGUAUAGAGUUAGAGUUAACUGAAAUUAAUCAAUAGUAGAGAGUCACAUACAACUUAAUAAUUUCUCUGUAUAUCAUUUUUUUUCUUAUUUCUACUAUACAAUUUAGCUUAUAAAAAUGACCUUGUUUAAUGAACUUAAAUUUUGAUCAUAGCUUUUGAACGCAUUCAAUAUUUGGUUUUAGCUCCUUUAUGAGGAAUUGUUUAUAAAUAGAUCAGUUUGAAUAUGAAAAGAAUUAAAUUUUUCUUUGGACUAUUUUUCAUAUUUAGUCAGCAGGAAUCACCAGAAUCUUGUUUCACAAAGACUUUUUAAAUGCACAAUUUCCAUAACAAAUUUACCAUCAGCCAGUCAUGAUGAAUGAUUUGAGUAGCUUUUAACUGUUUAUUGCGAAUUAGUUUUUGUAACAAGGUUUAUGAAACAGGUCCCCUGGACUGUACCAUAUACAAGUAUAAUACUUUAAAGGUCAAGUCCACCUCAUAAAAAUGUUGAUAUGAAUCAAAAGAGAAAGAUCAGACAAGCAUAAUGCUGAAAAUUUCAUCAAAAUUGGAUGUAAAAUAAGAAGACAUUGCAAAUUUUCGCUUAUUAUUCACAAAAUAGUUAUAUGCACAAUUUAGUCACAUGGAGAGAAAUGAUGAUGUACCUCAUUCACUAUUUUUGUUUUUCAUUGUUUGAAUUAUACAAUGUUUCAAUUUUUACAGAUUUGAUGAUAAGGACCAAACUUGACUGAAUUAUAUAAUGUUAAACAAUGGUAAUUCUACAUGUUCAGUGAGAAAUAAAACUUUGUUUCACAAGACAAUGAGGAGAAAAUUAGAUUAUUUCCUAUUUCUAAUAAUAAAAUACAAAAGAAAAAGUGAGUGAUGUCAUCAGUUCCCUUAAUUGCAUACCGACAGGGACAGGCAUGUAAUUAUUAUGUGAAAUUAAGCAAAAAAAAAACACUUUAAAAAAUCAUAACUUAUUUUACACCCUAUUUUGAUGAAAUUUAUGCUCGUUGGAUUUUCUCUUAAUUCAAAUCAAGUUUUUGUUUGGGUGGACUUGUCCUUUAAUAAUUUGCAAAAUUUAUUAAUAUCUCCCAUCAAUCAAUUUAACCCUAUCUAUUCCAUAGAUAAA